CUAAAAUUUUCCUUGAAACUGUAAGAUCCUUAUCCUAGAUUCAAUUUGGCCUGGACUCGCAUCUGGGUUUGUUGCAUUAACAACCUGUUUUUUCAAAAUGUGCUCAGAGACCUAACUUUGGCAUUUUUCAGACCUAAAAAGUUUAAACCAGAUUUACUGCUUCUGAGCAGAUAAUCGUUGUGGUGAGGAGUCCUGGUGAAACUAGAAUUCUCCUUCACAGUUCAGAUCUGGCUUUAAGUGUCUCUCUGUUUUUAAUAGCCACUUCAAACUUCUGAAGCCGCUCCGAGUGCUUGUUUAUUGGAGUAGAGUUGCUCUUGUUACUCACAACUGCUAGGAUACUCGAAGCAGUAGAACUCCUAGCUUCUAAGAGCUUCUUAAUGUUGCCAAAACAUGUUCCGUCCUAAGGAUAUUAGUAAUACCUGUGCCUUUGUGUGAGGACUCCUGUUUUUGGCUGCAUUGAUUCGUUGGUCGGCCUUUGAGCUCUCUUGUCUGCAAAUUGAGUUGUCUAUGUUAAUACCAUAAGUUAGUCCUGUUGAGUGUGCAUGAAAUGGACAGAAUCUUGCAUUUGACUAUUUUCCUACUGUUCCUCCUCACAAAUCUUUGUUUGAGCUUCUGAGGAACGCCAGAGCUGAAAACUUUUGAGGUGUCUGGUCUAUCCAGCAUCUUAAAACUCUUUUGCAAGUUAAAAUUUCCAACCAGAUUAACACAGGCUUUACUUUAGGAAUGGGUUUUGUUUGUUGCAAAGGUCUUCUCUGCAUUGUGGCCUCUUGAGACUGCAUGCUUCUCUGUUAAUAUUAUGUCCAGCACCACCUUGCACAAGAGGGUAAGCCCGCUCGACUUUGUUCUGUGAAUCGUCAAACUGAUAUCCAAGCUUUCUAAGUGAUUUUCUAUUUUUGAAGACAAACAUUGGUAAAAUUAUUAUGU